GAACUACACUUCCCAUGUUCCUGCUGGUACUAUGUAAAGCCCUCCUGGCACAAUUGCUGCUGCUGCUGACGUGUCGGCGGAGUCCCGAGCGGCAUGGGGACAUGAGAGAGGAGCAAGAUGUGGCUUAGACCGGAGGAGGUGCUGCUGAAGAACGCUCUCAAAUUAUGGGCCACCGAGCAUUCCAACCCGUACUUCGUGCUGCAGAGGCGGAGAGGCUACAGGGAGGAAGGAGGGGGACUGGCAGGUCUCCUUGUGGGAACUCUUGAUGCAGUUUUAGAUUCCACUGCUAAAGUAGCACCAUUUCGCAUCCUUCAUCAAACCCCAGACUCACAGGUGUACUGGUCAGUAGCAUGUGGAGCCACCAAAGAGGAAAUUUUGAAACACUGGAAAUGGCUGGAGAACAAUGUUAUGAAAACCUUGCCAGUAUUUGAUUCAAGUGAGGAUAUAACUAGCUUUGUGCAAGGAAAAAUCAGAGGUCUUAUUGCUGAAGAAGAAAAGGGGUCUAUUAUAAAAGAAGAGGAUCCAGAGAAAUUUCGGGAAGCUCUUUUAAAGUUUGAGAAAUGUUUUGGGCUGCCAAAUCAGGAGAAGCUGGUAACUUAUUACUCAUGCAGUUACUGGAGAGGAAGAGUACCAUGCCAAGGCUGGCUUUAUCUCAGCACCAACUUUCUCAGCUUUUACUCCUUCCUGCUUGGCUCUGAAAUUAAACUCAUCAUCUCAUGGGAUGAAAUCUCCAGACUGGAGAAGACCUCCACAGUCCUGCUUACUGAGAGCAUACAUGUUUGCUGCCAGGGGGAGGAUCACUACUUCUCUAUGUUUCUGCACAUAAAUGAGACCUUCCUUCUGAUGGAGCAGCUGGCUGACUACGCAGUAAGGAGACUGUUUGACAAGGAGACAUUUGAAGAUGACCCAGUACUGACCAAUCCCUUGCAGAUUACAAAGAGAGGUUUAGAGAGCAGAGCCCACAGCGAGCAUUUCAGAACGUACUUCCGUCUGCCUAAGGAAGAAACGCUGAAAGAAGUCCACGAGUGCUUCCUUUGGAUCCCAUUCGCCCACCUUAACCCACUUGGGAAGAUGUGUGUUUCUGAGAACUAUGUUUGCUUUGCCAGCCAUGAUGGCAGUCUCUACAGCACCAUAAUCCCAUUACGAGAGGUAGUUAGUAUUGACAAAUCAGAUGCUGCAACCAGGGCCAUAACUUUUAGUACGAAAGGAAAGAAAAUGUUCCGAUUUACUGAUGCACGGGACUUUGAUGCUCUGGUGGACAGACUGAGAGGCAGAUGUACAGUAACAAGCCCACAGCAUACUGUCUAUACAGAGACUGCCAGCACAGAGGAUCUGGAAGAGCUUCCUGAAGAGCAUGCCAUGGCAGAACAGAGAGGUACCAGAAAAACAGUCAGCACGGAAGCUCUAAUGACAGUCUUUCAUCCCCAAGAUGCAGAAAACCUUGAUACCAAAAUGUUAAAAGAGAAAAUGAAGGAGCAGACCUGGAAAAUUCUGUUCACGGAGUGUGGCCGCGGCGUCAGCAUGUUUCGUACCAGAAAGACGCGAAAUUUGGUUGUUAGGGGCAUUCCAGAGACAUUAAAAGGAGAAUUGUGGCUACUUUUCUCAGGUGCUGUUAAUGACAUGGCAGCUAACCCUGGUUACUACACUGAAAUUGUGGAAAAGUCCUUAGGUACAUGCACUUUGGCUACUGAUGAGAUUGAAAGAGACCUGCGCAGAUCCUUGCCAGAGCACCCAGCAUUUCAGAGUGAUACCGGCAUCUCUGCGCUGAGGAGGGUACUGACAGCAUAUGCGUACCGAAACCCCAAAAUUGGAUAUUGUCAGGCAAUGAACAUUCUCACUUCAGUUUUACUGCUAUAUGCCAAAGAAGAGGAGGCAUUUUGGCUCCUUGUUGCGGUUUGUGAAAGAAUGCUUCCAGAUUAUUUCAACCGGAGAAUCAUUGGAGCCCUGGUGGAUCAGGCAGUGUUUGAGGAGCUCAUCAAAGAGUAUUUGCCCCAGCUGACUAACCACAUGACAGACAUCACAUUCUUCUCCUCUGUUUCCCUUUCAUGGUUUCUGACCCUCUUUAUCAGCGUCUUGCCCAUUGAAAGUGCUGUCAACGUUGUAGAUUGCUUCUUCUAUGAUGGGAUCAAGGCCAUUCUGCAACUAGGGUUGGUUGUGCUGGACUUCAACAUGGAAAAGCUUCUGGCUUGCAAAGAUGACUCUGAGGCUGUCACUAUUCUUAACAGGUUUUUCAAUAAUGUUGUUAACAAGGACAGCCCAUUGCCCUCAUCUGUACAGCAAGCACCCACUGGAGCAGAGGGGAAACAAACUGGUACCAAAGUAGAUAUUACGGAUCUAAUCAAAGAAGCAAAUGAGAAGUUUGGUGCAAUCCGCUAUGAAGAUGUGGAAAGCAUGCGCAGCAGGAACCGGCUGUAUGUGAUACAAACGUUAGAGACCACAACUAAACAGAAUGUGGUCCGGGUUGUGUUGCAAGAUGUCAAAUUUAGCCCAGCUGAUCUGGAAGAGCUUUAUUAUUUGUUUAAGAGAGAACACUUUCUGUCUUGUUAUUGGAAUGUAAACAGCAGCAUACUCUGUCACCACGACCCCAGUUUACCCUAUCUAGAGCAGUACCAUAUAAACUGCCAGCAGUUCCGGACUCUCUACCAUCUACUUUGCCCGUGGGCAUAUUCUGCUAAUGCCGACUCUUUGGCUUUGUGGACCUUCCGCCUGUUAGAUGAAAACUUGGAUGGACUCAUCAAUUUUAAAGAGUUUGCUUUUGCAUUUGAUGUCAUGUACAACAGAAGUUUUACAGAUAGACUCAAACUGCUCUUUAAAAUUCACAUACCUCCAGCUUUUACUGAAGUGGGAUCCAUGAGCCCUUCAGAGGAAGCCAAGCUUUCCAAAGAAGACCUGAUGCAUUUCAGCAAUCUCCAUGUAACAUCUCCAAAAGAAAAACUCAAUCCAGAAGUCCAGACUAAAAGCCCCGAAAAAGGCAGGGGAAAGAUUGAUAUUCAGGCCUAUCUGAAACAAUGGCAAGAUGAACUGGCACGGAAAGAAGAAAGCAUAAAAGACUUGCCAAGAAUAAACCAGACCCAGUUCAUACACUUUUCCAAGACACUUUACAACUUAUUUCAUGGAGAUCCUGAAGAAGAACUGUUAUAUCGGGCGAUUGCUGCAGUGACCAACCUACUCCUUCGAAUGGAAGAAGUUGGAAGAAAAUUACACAUCCCCUCUUCACCUUGCAAGAGCCCAGCACAAGAGCCAUGCACAGAUACCAGGGAAAUCACUCAGGGGGCAGAUUCUUCAGAGCCAACCGAAAACACUGUUCUGCAGCCUUCCAAAGAGAACACUGAAUGGUCUUUUGCUUUUGAACAGAUCCUUGCAUCCCUGCUAAAUGAGCCAUCCCUUGUGAGAUUCUUUGAGAAAACUACAGACCUAAAGUCCAAGCUAGAGAAUGCUAGGUCCUCACAAGUACGAGCCAGCAACAGGGUGUAAGUGUGGGAUUUUAUAACCUGUUGGGCAACAGAUACCUAGUACCUAGAUACCUAGCACAAUGUGCUAGAAAGGAGAUUAAGAAAGGCUUAUUUAUUAACACUGGGAAAUUUGCACAUUGCCAGGAACCCUUCAUAAUCAACCAAUGAUAAAGUUUUUCAGCCUGCUGCAGGUAGAACAAUGAAAACAAUUAUUGAUUGCAAUGGGUUACUGCCCAGAUGUAAAUGUGCCCUCUGUUGAUAAAUAAGCCCCAAUGCUAAUAGAAGCUGGCAGUAAUGAAAGAAUAUUGAUAUUAACAGAUGUUUGCAAACAUUUCAUAGCUCUAAUUGCUUUCAUAACUUAGUGCUGAUGGCUGAUCACAAGCACCUUUUGUACCCUUAAAUGCCUUGUUACAGAGGCAACAAAUACCACUAUUCAGCAUGACCAUGACCAGGUAUUACUAGAUCAUUAAAGACCAUCCAUGCCUUCAGGGAUUAGUUUAUAAAGAAAUAAGAAACACUGUAAAAAGAAGCACCUCCCUUCAUCAGAUUGCCUCCAUGUUUCUGUUUUAUAUACAGGUGGUUAAACUGCAUGGGUAAUAUUAUUAGCUGCCUUCCUCUCUUUCACAAUUGCUCUGACAGAUAAAAGAUGUGUGAUCAAUUAUAUGGUUAAUGUACAUGUAAUUUCACUGUCCUGUUUAGUGCAAUAAAUAGAACACUAAUCAUAAUUUAAAAGAAUGGGCAGAAUGCCGGUACAACACAAGCUUGAUCUAUUUAGCUUAUGUUGAACAUAAUUGUGUAUUGCCCCAUUAAAUACAUAGACUUAUUCCUCCCAAACCAUGCACCCCAAAGCCUUUCUUGAGGAUAAAGGGAACUAUAAUUAUUUACAAUCCCCAACAAUUGAAAGGCAAAAGUCUUAACUCCCAUGGCCAAUCACUGAUGUCUCAGAUUUUACCUCUAUCUUGUAAAUACAGUGGAUAUAUUAGAGUAUAUGCUAAAAGGAUGCAGAUAAGGGAAACUAGCUGCUGUGCUAAUAGAUGGACGGACCCUCCUUCUUCCUACAAUACAGAUACAGCUGAUUUUGUCAGAGGAAGGAUAAAGUCUAUAUAAUAGUACUUAAAGGGGCAGCAUGCCACCUUGUUAUAAAAAAGCAUGUUCAUCACAAACUCUAUUGAUUGUACAAGGGGGUGUACUGCACCUUGUAAAUAGAAAAUAGUGAUAGUUUCCCUUUCAGACCACUAGGAUUUUUAUUAUUAAGAGUACUUUUUCUCAUUCUUGAUUUUUGUUUUGUAUUUCAAAAAAAAAAAAAAUACCAAACAAACUGUACAUUUUCUGACAUGAAGUUUACCAUGGCCCCUU